AUGCCAACCCCAAACGCCUCCAGUUCUUCAGCCAAGGGCUUCCGGCGGGCAGUAUCAGAGCUGGACUCUAAACAAGCCGAGGCCAUCAUGUCUCCACAAUUCAUAGGUAGACGUCAGAGUCUUAUUGAAGAUGCCAGAAAGGAGAGAGAAGCCGCUGCAGCUGCUGCAUCUGAAGCUGCUGAAUUGACUGAGACCAUUGUCUUUGAUGAGAAGGAUGGGAUAGCCAUGUUGAAUCUUCUGUUCACACUUAAAGGAGGGAAGACUUCACUCCCAUCUCGUGCACUUAAAAUCUUUGAGACCUUUGAAGCCAAAAUUCAUCACUUGGAAACAAGGCCCUGUAAGAAAGUACAAGAAGGUUGUACUGACCUGGAAUACUUUGUGCGAUGUGAACUCCAUUGCUCUGCGCUGAGUACAUUCAUCAGUUCCCUUAAAAGGGUGUCAGAAGAUGUAAGGAGCACAAAAGAAGACAAGUUUCAUUGGUUUCCAAGAAAAAUUUCGGAGUUAGAUCUGUGUCACCAUUUAGUUACCAAAUUUGACCCUGAUUUGGAUCUGGAUCACCCAGGAUUCUCCGACCAGGUAUAUCGUGAGCGAAGGAAAAUGAUUGCAGAAAUUGCUUUUCACUAUAAGCAUGGAGACCCAAUUCCUCGAGUUGAAUACACAGAAGAGGAGAUUACUACUUGGAGGGAAGUGUAUAGUACUUUGAAGAGUCUUUAUCCCACUCAUGCCUGCAAAGAACACCUGGAUGCCUUUCAUUUACUGGAGAGGUACAGUGGCUAUAGUGAAAAUAACAUCCCUCAGCUGGACGAUGUCUCUUGCUUCCUGAAAGAGAGAACUGGGUUCCAACUCCGACCAGUAGCUGGCCUUCUUUCAGCUCGGGAUUUCUUAGCCAGUUUAGCCUUCAGGGUGUUUCAGUGCACACAGUACAUCCGCCAUGCUUCUUCUCCCAUGCACUCUCCAGAGCCGGACUGCUGUCAUGAACUUCUGGGACACGUACCAAUGUUGGCCGAUAAGACAUUUGCACAGUUCUCUCAGGACAUUGGACUUGCAUCUUUGGGUGCAACUGAUGAGGAGAUUGAAAAACUUGCAACACUUUAUUGGUUCACGGUGGAGUUUGGGCUCUGCAAGCAAAAUGGAAUCAUUAAAGCCUAUGGAGCUGGCCUCCUCUCUUCCUAUGGAGAGCUCAUACACUCUUUGUCCGAUGAACCGGAACUACGGGACUUUGACCCUGACGUUACGGCCAUGCAACCCUAUCAAGAUCAGGCUUAUCAGCCUGUUUAUUUUGUAUCAGAGAGUUUCAAUGAUGCCAAAGCUAAACUCAGGGUCUAUGCAGCACAUAUCAAGCGACCUUUUUCUGUGAAAUAUGAUCCUUACACCUACAGUAUUGAGCUCUUGGACCACCCACAGAAGAUCUGCCACUCCCUGGCAAAUGUGCGCGAUGAGCUCCACUCAUUAAUUGAUGCGCUCAAUAUUAUCAGCUAA